AUGGCCACUCAGGUGGAGACUCUCCUACCGGGCACUCCGCUCUCCAAACCCGAAGACUGCAGCGCUAUGGCCCGGGGGGAGCUGGAGGGACCUACGGAUACGAAGGGAGGGACCCGCCCGGACUCAAACCCGCAACCUGCCUCUCCCAAAGGCGACUGUGACAACAACAAGCCGAGCGACGACAGUGCAAAGGGCAGAAAGGAGUUUACUGCAGCCCCUCCACCCAAGGUGAACCCCUGGACCAAGAAAAUGAACCCGGUCACAGUGGUCAGCGUGAACGGUCCUGCAGCACCGGCCGAUGCAUUCUGGGCGUGA